UGACGACAAAAUAAUAAUGUCGUUGGCUACGGUUAGCUAAAUUAAUUUUAUUACGAUAAUCGUUAUUCGUUGCAUUACGUUACGCGUUUAUAAAAGGAACAAUCGUUACAUUUAUGUUCAGUUUUUACUAGGAAACUCCAAAUAGUUGUCGUUUUGGUGUGUGUUUCGUUUAAAAAAGUGAUUUAAUUUUUCAUUUAAAAUGAACUGGCAUCUAUUUGUGCUUAAAAUCGGAUAUUUUAUUGCCGUUGUAAAUAGUGCAGUAAUUCCAGACUCAGAAGAUGUUAAGGAUCAAGGCCUGUAUACCGACACUGAUCAUGUUACUAUACUUACUGUAAAGAAUUUUGAGAAAAAGGUUUAUGGACAACCACAGGCAAUAAUAGUUCAGUUUUAUAACAGUUACUGUGGUCAUUGCAGAGCUUUUGCACCAAAAUUUAAAUCCUUGGCAUUAGAAAUAGAAUCUUGGAAGAACAUUGUUAAAUUAGCAGUAAUUGAUUGUUCAGUUGAAGAAAACAAUGCAAUAUGUAGAGAUUAUGAAGUAAUGGCAUACCCCUCAUUAAGAUAUUUACACGAAAGGUAUGUCAAAGGAAAUGGUAAUGUUGGUGAAAAAAUUUCUGCUAUUGACACUGCUGAAAAUCUUAAAAUAGAAAUCAUUAAAAAAAUUCAACAUGAACAAAGAAUCGGUAGGCUCAGAAUGAGUCAACCUCUUAAUAUUGCUGCUUACGCGACUAUAGAUGCAGUAUUGAGCAAUGUACCAGUGAACACAAUGUACACAUUUUUAAUGUUUGAAAGUGAGAAUUCUACACUUGGCUCUGAGUUGACUUUGGAUGUAAAUGAUUACAAAAAUGUCAGUGUGGUUAGGGUUUACAAUGACAGUGAAUUAGCGAAACAAUUUGGUAUAAACAACGUUGGACUUGUUGCCGUGAAAAGAAACCAUGAAACCUUGAAGUUUGGUAUUUCAGACACAAAUCCCACUGUACAAAACUUAUUGAAGUCCUUGAAUGCAUAUUUACUUAAUAAUAGAUAUGUAUUUCCUAUAAGAAAUACUGACUUUAAUGAUUUCAGUAAUCACAACAACAAUGAUAACACACACUCGAAACAAGACUUAGAUGCUGUGUACUACAGUGAUUUAGAGAAAACAAUUAAAACCAGUUUGCACACAGAAAUAACACGGCACAAGAUCUUAACAGGGGAACCUCUAGGUGUGCUAGAAGAUUACAUAGAUGUUUUAAUAACUGCUUUCCCAUUUAAGCACAAUAAUCUGAAAGUUUUCCUUACCCAACUAAAUGCUAGUUUAAAGUCUAAAAAUCAGUGGACUGGAGCCGAAAUUUAUGACUUAGUUAAGGCACUAGAAAAUAGUAUGGCUGUCUACAGUUCUGAUCUAGACUAUGUUGGGUGCAAGGGCAGUCAGCCACAAUACAGAGGUUACACUUGUGGUCUCUGGACACUGUUCCAUACAUUGACUGUAAAUUCAUACCAAAAAGAAGAAAACCUAGGCCCUAAAGUACUAAAGACUAUGCUAGGCUAUGUCAAACACUUCUUUGGCUGCACCGAAUGCUCAGAACAUUUUCAAGCAAUGGCUGAGAAAAAUAGAUUGUUAGAUGUUCAAGGAAAUGAUAAAGCCAUUCUUUGGCUAUGGAUUGCACAUAAUGAAGUAAACCUUCGGCUCGCCGGGGAUGUAACAGAGGAUCCUCAACACCCAAAGAUACAAUUUCCUAGUGCAAAGAAUUGUCCUGAGUGUAGACUUGCAAGAGGUGCUUGGAAUUUGAAAGCAGUAUUCCAAUACUUGACGAGGAUGUACGAUGGAAGUUACAUACAGAUGGGGAGAACAGCACGAUCGGCCGACACAACAAACAGCCCAUUCUCAAAUCUGGAUAUUGGGAUGUUAAGCCUCCUGUAAAACUCGGAUUAUGAUUAAGUGUUGCGAUUUGCGUGAAUAGAACAAAUAAAACGAUAACACCAAUAUGACAAGAAAGUAACAAAAGCGUAUUUUUGUAUCUAAGUAUACCAGUACUACAUAAGAAAUUACCAAACUAGCUGUAAACAACACUUCCUAUAUUAUCUGUAGUUUAAGGAUACUGUAUACAGUCAUGUUAUCAAAUAUAUGAAUAUUGUCUCAAAAGAUGUUAUGUAAUGUAAUUUAUAUCUUCGAAAACAGUGAACUUCCAUCACAAUCAGUCUAAUAAUUUUUCUUUCCAUAUUAUUAUUUAUGAAUGAAAUAAAAUAUUUAUAAGAGA